UGAUGUUGUACUUUACAGAGUACUUUUACAAAUAAUUGUAAUCAUCAAUUUCCAAAUUUCAAAAAUGAUCCAAAUUUGUGAGAUAAAAUGUUUCAUACUGUUUGGUUAUGAAAUUAUGGACAUGAUUCAAAAUGCUUGCAUAAGUGUGCUAACAUGGGCCAGUCAGACCCUGCACUUUGUAUCAUGGGGUCCAGUCAUUUGCCAUCUGGAGGGAAUGUAGCAUUGAGAGCUGCUUUCCUUCUCUCCAUGUUAGUGCAAACCUGCAAUGGUGGGAAUAUUUUAGUCUUUCCCGUGGAUGGCAGUCAUUGGGUCAACAUGAAAAUUCUGAUGGAGGACCUGCACUCUCGGGGCCACACCAUGACCCUCAUCCGUGCGUCUUCGAGCUGGUACAUUAAAGAGACGUCGCCCCUUUACACAACCAUCAACGUCCACGACGAGAUGAAAUUUGACGAUUUUUUUGACCAGUACUUGAAGAAGCAACUGGAAGUCCUGAGGGGCGAGGCAUCUGUACUGAAAUCCCUCACCAUUCAGUUGGACUUAUUCGACAUGCUGUCUGAUGCUCAUCGGCUCACCUGCGACAUGGUGUCAAAUAUGUUAGAUGACAGAGAGCUGAUUAAACGACUGCAAGAUGAAAAGUUUGACCUCGUCCUCACAGAUCCGGCCAUUUCGGCAGGGGUCAUGCUAGCUCAUUACCUUAAGCUUCCCCUCGUGCUAAACGCUCGCUGGAUUUGUAGUGGCGAGGGUCAUUUCGCCAUUGCUCCCUCACCCCUGUCUUAUGUCCCUGUGCCAGGAUCUGGCCUCUCUGACGAAAUGACUUUCAUUCAAAGGGUGAAGAAUGUCCUCUUUUAUGGCAUAAUCCUCUAUCAGGAGAAGUUCAUAGUGGGGCCCCAUUACAAAGAUUUAUGCAGCAAGCACUUUGAUGAAGAGUGUGACGUUCUCACCUACACUCAGGAAGCCGACAUCUGGCUCAUGAGGCUAGACUUUGUCUUUGACUUUCCUCGCCCCACUAUGCCUAAUGUGGUGUACAUGGGGGGGUUCCAGUGUAAGCCAUCCAAAGCCCUCCCAGAGGACCUGGAAGCCUUCGUCCAGAGUGCAGGCGAGCACGGGUUUGUUAUUAUGUCACUGGGGACUUUGGUCAAAGGGCUCCCCAGCGACAUGGCGAACGAGAUAGCAGCUGCGUUCGCCAAGCUGCCGCAGAAGGUCAUCUGGAGGCAUCUGGGUGAAAGGCCGUCGGCCCUGGGCAACAACACCAUGCUGGUUCAGUGGAUGCCCCAGAAUGACCUCCUGGGCCACUCCCAGAUAAAGGCCUUUGUCGCCCACGGGGGAACGAACGGAGUUCAGGAGGCCAUCUACCACGGGGUGCCUGUGCUGGGGGUCCCGCUGUUCUUUGACCAGUUUGACAACCUGCUGCGCUUGAGGGAGAGAGGCGGCGCGCUGAUCCUGGAGCUGUCCGACCUGAACCAGCACACGUUCCACGAGAGCCUACAGGAGGUCGUGCACAACAACAGCUACAGGGCCAACAUGCAGAGGCUGUCCAGGCUCCACAGGGACCAGCCCAUGGCCCCGCUGGACCAGGCCGUGUUCUGGAUCGAGUUCAUCGUGAGGAACAAGGGUGCUGCCCACCUGCGCACCGAAUCCUUCAGGAUGCCCUGGUACACCUACCACUCAGUAGAUGUCAUUCUGACGUUGCUGUCUUUGGUCGGACUCAUUUUGUUUCUUAUUGCAGCAGCUAUUAGAUAUGUGUGUUGCAGAGUGUGUUGUAGAAAGAAAUUAAAGCAUGAGUGACCUGACUGGGAAGUACAUUUGACCAUAUCAACGUCUUACACAAGAUGAAUGAAAGUGCAUAGCUCUGAACAUCAGUAUUUAAUAUAUUUUGUGUAUAUAAAACAACAGUUGCUCAUCCCUGAAGUGACAAUGAAGGAAAUACUGUGUAAUGAAGUGAUGGAAAUGAUGUAGAAACCAAACUUAUCUGUAUCUGUACACUGCAUCAGCAUGAAGCAGAACAAAUCUGGGAUGGCCUCUAUGUUUUGAUCAUGCUUUCUGAUCGUACCAGUCUAAGAGCUGCUGAAAUCAAUCUUCCCCAGCAGCAUGUGAUAAAAUGUAUUCUUCUCAUAUACUGUCUGAUAAAGAAUAGUGUCUGCUAAUGAUUAAAUGAAAAAUGUCCAUCCUA